AUGGAAGUGCUUCCAUCAAGUGUAGCCUGUGAUACUGCUGCCGAGAUGGCUGAUGAGAAGACAGGAGAGUCACAGCCUCUUCUCAAUCAGGAGGAUGGCCAUCCUGUUCAAGAAGUUCCAAUUCUGCCUCUCUUUGAUGAAGGCAGAAUGCAGACUGCUGCUUCCCUAAAUAGAAAUACACCGCCUCCUGCUGAAGAGCCAAAUACUGAUGAGCCAGAGAAUCCCUUCAGAUUGAAGAAUUCUGAGACUAAUGAAUAUCAACCACUUGUCACCCGUGAACAUCCUCAUGCUACUUCAAAUGUGGAGACAAUGAUUCACCUUCUGAAGGGCAACAUUGGCACUGGAAUACAAGCCAUGCCUGAUGCUCUGAAGAAUUCAGGAUUAGUGGUGGGAUCAUUUGGCAUCAUCCUUGUUGGCAUCAUAUGUAUACAUUGUAUGCAUAUCUUGGUCAAUUGCUGUCAUGUGUUAUGCAAUCGGACAUUGAAAACCACCAUGAGCUAUGCUGAUGUGACUGAAUACUCCUUCAAAAUGGGACCUGAGAAGAUGCAGAGAUAUUCUCAGCUUGCUAGGAGGACUGUUAAUGCCUUCUUGCUCAUCACACAACUGGGAUUCUGUUGUGUUUAUUUUGUGUAUGUUGCUGCAAAUAUCCAAGUGUUGAUGAAGGCACACUUCCAGUUGGAGUGGAAGAUUCAAGUAUAUAUGGCCAUAUUAUUGGUACCCUUCAUAUUUUUAUCAUUUGUGAGGAGCUUGAAGUUCCUGUCACCCUUUUCCAUGAUUGCCAAUUUGCUGAUGGCAGUUGGGAUCGGGAUAAUCUUUUCAUUCCUCCUUCAAGAUCUCCCACCUGUGUCUUCUCGUCCCUUUUUUGCUUCCUUCCGACAACUUCCACUCUUCUUUGGCACAGCAAUUUAUGCCUUUGAGGGGAUUGGAGUGAUUUUACCCUUGGAGAAUCAGAUGAAAUCCCCUGAAGACUUUGGGGGCUUCACUGGAGUGUUGAAUACAGGGAUGGUGAUAGUAAUGUGCCUGUACACUGGAGUUGGAUUCUAUGGUUAUCUUCGAUAUGGUGAUGACGUUCUAGGGAGCAUCACUCUUAAUCUCCCAAAUGAGAACAGACUGGCAGCUUCUGUUCAAGUAAUGAUGAUCAUAGCAGUCUUCCUUUCAUAUGCUCUUCAAAUGUAUGUUCCUGUGGAGAUUAUUUGGCCCUGGAUUAAGGAAAGAGUUCCAGCUGAAAAGGAAAGGCUUUACAAUUAUCUCUUCCGCAUUGGUCUUGUGAUCCUCACUUUCUUCUUGGGUGCCCUGGUGCCAAAUAUUGGGCUUUUCAUCUCCUUGGGAUGGGUGAAGUCAGUGAGAAAGCAAAAGGGAUGCACAUUCUUUGAUUUGGUCGAUGGCUCCUGUCCCUCUCAUCUCCAGGUCAUCAUUACAGGAACUCAUCCAACUGAGCUCAAACCAGGCUGUAGCCUUACUGUUUCAGGCAGCCUAGAGAAAAGCAGUCAUCCGAAGCAGGAAGUUGAUUUGCAUGCUAAGGAAUGCAGGAUCUUUGCCAGUUGUCCUCUCAGUGAUGGUCAGUAUCCAUUUCAACCUCAGAAACAAACUUCUCUUGAAGUUGCUCGGGAACAUCUUCACCUGAGACCAAGAACCAGUCUAUUUGCUUCGAUUCUUCGAAUGCGUCACAUGGUGACAAAUGCAUUCCAUCAGUGGCUUCAUGAUCAUUCGUUCAUUGGGAUCCAUGCACCUGUCAUCACAUCUAAUGACUGUGAGGGAGCUGGCGAAACUUUCCUUGUUAGGCCUUCAUCUGAUUUUCUUGUUCAAGAAAUGGGUAAUGAAGGAAGUGAACAAGAUAUGGCCUAUUUUGGGCACAAAUCUUACCUCACAGUUUCCUCUCAACUUCAUCUGGAAGCAGCUGCCUGUGGACUUUCAAGAGUCUACUCACUGGGUCCUGCAUUUCGAGCUGAGAAUAGCCAGUCUACUCGACAUUUAUCAGAAUUUUGGAUGCUGGAACUGGAGCUUGGUUUCCUUGACGAAUUAAAUUCUCUUCUUGAUCUAUGUGAGAACCUUCUUAAGGAUGUCACUAAGAGCAUACUUGAGUCAGGUGGUGAUGAUCUCAAUAUCCUUUGGACUGAGAAUCUGGAAACUGAGGGUCAUGUGAAGGCUCUUUUGGAGAGAAGUUUUCAGAGGAUGACAUUCAAAGAAGCAGUUGAAAUAUUGAAGAAUAAAGGGAGGGGAUUGGAAGUUAUGCAGCCAGGGACACUGAGACGAGUUCAGGAAAUGGAGUUGGUCAGUCAUUGUGGGAAUCAACCUGUUUUCAUCACCAAUUGGCCUGCUGACAAUAAACCCUUCUACAUGAAAUGGAAUCAUGAGAAAGAGGCAGAGUGCUUUGAUCUCCUGACUCCAAUUGUUGGAGAGUUAGUAGGAGGAAGUUUGAGAGAAGAUGAUCCUCAGGCCUUGGAACUAAGGUUGUCUCAGACAGAAAAAGAGAGACUCAAAUGGUAUGUGGACUUGAGAAGGUUUGGGGGUUUGCCCAUGGCUGGAUUUGGACUUGGAUUGGAACGCUAUCUCAUGUUUCUCCUUGGAGUCAAAAACAUCAAAGAUACCAUCCCUUUUCCACGAUGGCCCCAUCACUGACCAUUGAAGCCAGAAUGGACAGGGAGUGCAGCCACGAUGGUUAUCUUCCUCAUGAGUGGUUUAUCUGUGAACGGAAAGGAGGUGAAACGAGCUGUGAUGAAUGUUCAUGUUCAUGUUUUCAUUCAAGGAUUCACCUUCUUCAUCUUCCCCCUCCUCCUCUUCAUUGCAAGUCAUUUCAUCCAGCUUCUUGAUGCCCCUGAAUGGUCUUCCAUUGGUGUGAAAAUCCUAGGUUGUAUGCCUCCUCCUGUGUCUUCAGCCAUCAUUCUCACACGCAGUGCCAAUGGGAAUGAACCAGCUGCCAUGUUCAACUGUGUCCUAGGCAGUUUCCUGGGCAUCUUCCUCACACCCCUUCUACUCUUACACCUAGUUGGAGUGGAGAGUGAUGUAACAUUCAUGAGCACAGUGAUGAAGCUGGGUCUGACUGUUUUAGUUCCAUUCUUGGUGGGCCAGUGGUUGAGAGAUGUAGCUCCAAGGCAUCUAGUUGAUGUCAUUCCUUGUUCUCACAUUGGAAAGGUCAUGCUUGCAUUCAUCAUCUUCACCACAUUCUGUGAUAUGUUCGAUCAAGAAGACUUAUUUCAAGAAGAACUUGGCAUUCUUGAAGUCAUUGUGUCUGGUAUUGUGCUGGGAAACUUCCAUCAUAAUUUUCUUGGACCUCCCAUGACAUGACUCUUUUUUUUUUAAUUCCUUUUAGUUGCAGUUUUCCAUGGGUGUCUACUGUUGGGACUUUUCUUUGUUUCAACCAAACUGAUAAGAUUCAGGCCCAUCGAUACUAUUGCAGUUGUCUUCACUUCCUCUCAUAAAUCUCUGACCCUGGGCAUUCCAAUCUUGCGAGCUGUCUUUGCAAACCAUCAACACUUGACAGGAUUGUGCCUUCCUUUGUUAAUCUAUCAUCCUGUCCAAAUCCUUCUUGGUGGCCUUGCUGUUCCUCAAAUUAAGCAGUGGAUUCAGAAUAGCGAAGUGUCAAGGCAUCCAACAAAAUUCCAUGUCUAACCUCAUGAUGUACCUCUGGGGAUUCUGAUGAAAGAGUUGGACAUAACCUUUGUCAUCUCUUUUUGCUCUUAAAGAGGAGUUAGCGCAAAUCUCAUCCUAUUUCCAUGAAAGGAACAAGUUUUUCUCAUUUGUUAUUGGAUUUAUCAUUUUUGUGCUGAAUUGGAGUAAUGAAAUGUUCAGAAAUAUUCUAAUAUUUCUGAACUGUCUACUGAAGUGGC